AUGCCUACGAACCUUCCUAGACCAUGCUCACUAUGCAUCCGCCGGCUCAGCCCGCGAUCGCUCCCCACCCGCAGCCCUCCCCGCCGCCUCCUCUCCUCUGCCUCCCAAGACAAACCAAGCAAAGACCCGUCCGCCACCGCCUCCGAAAAGCCAGGCAACGAGACCCCCGCCGCUGCACCCCAAGAUGACCCUCCAGACGAAGACACCCUCCAAGGCGCCCUCUCCCGCCGCCUCGAGCAGGCGACCGAAGAAGCCCUGACAGGCAGCACAUCCGGCUUCCGCGCCGUCACCACGGAAGCAGGCUUCUCCCCGGCUCUCAAGGACCGCCUCUUCGAAAAGGUUCAGGCCGCCACGUUCCAGGACGCCCCCGCCGCCGCCUUUGCCGAGGCGGGCCUCACGGCGCGCGAGGGCACCGUGCCCGCCGCAUCGGCAGCGGCGUCGGCGGCGACGCCCUGGACGGGCACCGAGACGCAGCACGACGCCGUGCUGCGCAUGCUCGACGACGCCCACAGGCCGCUGCCCGUGGGCGCGCGGGGCACCUACCGCGUCCCGCAGCCCGUGGCGCUGCCGCGGCGGCGGGCGCCGGUCAAGGCGUCUGUGCGGGCGGCCCACGCGCGGGAGAUGGCGGGUGCGUACAUCGACCUGAAGACGCGCAGCGGUGGCGGUGGCACCUCGUCCGGGUCAGCAGGGCCGGCAGCAGCCGCUGCGUCAGAGGACGAGCGCGAGGCGUUCCGCGAGGAGAUGCGGCGGCGUUUCGAGCCCGUGGCGCGUGCCGUGCCGGCGACCGUCUCUGGGCUCGCGGCGCUGGCGAACCGGCGCAUCGAGGAGGCCAUGGGCGCGGGGGGCCAGUUUCGGGGCAUCGCGCGCGGCGCCGGCGUGCGCGGCGAGGCGGCGACGCGGAACCCCUUUGUCGACACGACGCAGGACCUCAUGGACCGCAUGAUCCAGCGCCAGGGCAUCGUGCCGCCGUGGAUCGAGAAGCAGCAGGAGGUCGUGCGUGAGGUCGCCGCCUUUCGCGCCCGCCUCCGCGGCGACUGGGCGCGGCACGCGGCGCGCAUGAUCGCGGCGUCCGGGGGCGAUGUAACGGCGCAGGCGGCACGGGCCGAUGGGUUUGCCGCUGCGGAGGAAAGGGUUAACCCGCGGCGGCGCAAGGACGAGGCCGCGGCGGCGGCGGAGGGGGCAGCGCCCGUGGAAGUUUCGGCGGAGGAUGUUGGUCCCAUCUUCCGCGAUCCAGCGUGGGAGGCGGCCGAGCGGUCGUAUUUGACGCUGUCGGUGGAAACGCUGAACAACCUGACGCGGUCCUACAACCUCAUGGCGCCAGAGCUGGCGAAGAAACCCUAUUACUCGCUGGAACGCGAGCUCAAGGCCUGCUACGCCGACGUCGCGCCGCUGCUGCCGGACAUGAUUCGAGAUGGGGGGCUUCGGCCGGCGAGGUCGCUGCUUGCCGAGGGCCAAGCCGCGGCACGGCCGCCGAGCAUGUUUGCGCAGCUGGGCGGCGAGGGCCACGCGAGGGUGUACGAUAAUAGGGCUCCGAAAUACGGGUUCAAGGAGAUGUGGAGAGACAUUUGGGGAGCCAAGAAGGCUUAG